AUGGGCAAUCGCAAGAGAUCGCAAUCUGUCGUGGAGGAGAACCGCGCUUAUUGUCCUUUUACGAUUUCUUACACGACAUGUCCUUCGCGCGCCGAUCAGAAACGUCAUAAGAACAAGAAGCAGACGUGCGAACGCCAGGAUGACGAUAAACGACUUCAAUUUCAAAUCUCUCCCUUCUCCCCAACCGGCAGCUUCAAGACCCACAACACCAUGGAUCUACAUUACAUGGUUGAACCCGGGAAACAAUGGCAAGACAUCACGCGCUACAACAGCUUCGUCUUCAACAACGUCAAGUACUACAGUGAAGGCCUCACCCGUGAUGGCAAUUUUGAGAAGAACAACGUGGAGUGGGUCGCGCGCAUCCUCGAAAUUCGUGCUUCCGAUGAGUAUCACGUUUACGCCCGCGUCUACUGGAUGUACUGGCCCUAUGAGCUGCCUCGCGGAACCCAUGACGGUAAGAAGACUGUGCAAGGUCGCCAGUGGUACCAUGGCGCUAAGGAACUGAUCGCCUCCAACCACAUGGAUAUCAUCAAUGUUGUCAGCGUUACAGGAUCUGUCACCGUCAAUCAAUGGAUCGAGUCCGAUGGCGAGGAAAUUACAGACGAGCUUUGCUGGCGUCAAGCAUACGACUGCCGUGCCUCGGAGCUUUCCUCGGUAGAACUCAUAUGCAAAUGCCAAACUCCCGCCAAUCCCAAUAAGACCCUCAUAGGAUGCACGAGCUCGAGUUGCGGGAAAUGGAUGCAUCAGGAAUGUAUGGUCCACGACAUUCUCAUGCAAGUAUACGAACGACUAGGAACCGAUAAACCUCAUCGAACCAAGGGAUUGAUGGUGGAGAAAAAGAAGCUCGAGGAGGGAACGGAUUCUCUACCGUCCGUCGAUGUCGAAGAGCAGAAGACACAGUCUACAGUCAAUGUCCGGGAUGGGACAACUCAAGUCAAUACCCAGGUCAAAAAUGCUGUUCCUGAAACGCCUCGUGAGACAGAAACCCCAGCAGCUGGGCCAAAGCCCUCGAGGUCUAUCACCACCGCAUCGGUUGAGGGAUUACCUAAGACAGGCCGCAAGAAGAAGAUCACAGACUCCAAGCCAUACCGAGGACUCUUUGAGGCCAAACUCAAAAUCCAAGGCCGGCCCACAGCGUGGGAGAUCUGCGACCUGCGUGAAAACAUAACAGGUGGUAACAGGACUUGGACUGAGAAGGUUUCGUGUUUGGAAUGCGGCGUUAAUGUCGACUAA